ACGCCCUUUAUUUCUGUGCGUUUUCAUCCUUGGACUCAAGCGCUGGGGCACAGAGCUGCUCGGAGCAUCAGAGAGGAAAGAAGCUUUUCACUAUGAGUCUCCGCUUCUGCCAAAUCAUCCCUGCGCUUGUGCUGCUGCUACUGGCAGUAGUCGGGAUCCUGCUGGUGGUGCUUACAGCGAAAGAGGUGGAGAUGCCUCCUGAAAACAUGUAUGGAAUCGUUCUGGAUGCAGGCUCAUCCCACACCUCCAUGUACAUCUACAAAUGGCCAGCUAAUAAGCAAAAUGGCACUGGUAUUGUUACCCAGCAUAGCGAGUGCAAAGCAAAAGGUGGAGGGAUCUCCAGCUAUGCAGGUGUUCAUGGUGGUGCAGCAAGAAGUCUAGAAGCCUGUCUGGAACAAGCUAUGAGUGACAUCCCCAAAUCCAGACAGCACCAAACUCCACUAUAUCUGGGAGCUACUGCAGGCAUGAGACUCUUGAGACUAGUCAAUGCCACAGAGUCAGAUCGGGUGCUGAAGGAAGUGGAAGACAAACUGCGGUCUUACCCUUUCGCACUCAGAAAGGCAGCCAUCCUGACUGGACAGGAGGAGGGGGUGUAUGGCUGGGUCACAGUCAACUACUUACAUGAAAACUUUGUCAAGUAUGGUUUUGUCGGGCGCUGGCUGAAUCCAAGCAAAGAGACAAUUGGGGCUUUGGAUUUAGGUGGAGCCUCCACUCAAAUUACUUUUGAGACGUCAAAAAAGGUGGAGGACGAACGUAACCUGAUGGAACUGACGCUUUAUGGACAAACCUACCGACUAUACACCCAGAGCUUCCUUUGCUAUGGCCAAGACCAGUUCCUGUUAAAAUUGAUGGCUCAUCUUAUCACGACUCAAGGUGUGGCACCCCAAGUGUCUCACCCCUGCUAUCCUCAGCAGUUCAAUCUAUCUGUCAAGAUGGGGGAGGGUGUCUUUGAUUCUCCAUGUACUAAGAAGUACAGACCAGCCCAGUUUGACCCCCAGAUGUCUGUAACAGUAGUGGGCACAGGAGAUUACCAGAGCUGCCUGGACAACAUAACAAACAUGUUCUCCUUCAACAACUGUCCUUACUCCACAUGUUCCUUUGAUGGAGUCUUCCAGACCAGCGUGACAGGAAGCUUCAUGGCAUUUUCUGCCUUCUACUUCACUCACAGGUACAUCAACACCCUCACCAACAUCCCCAUCACCUCCCCCAGUAGCAUGGAGAAGGCUAUCCGAAUUGUCUGCAACAUGACCAUCUCUGAGAUCACUAAAAAGACAAACCAGCAAGUGAAAUACUUGAAGAACAUCUGCGCCGUAUCCAAUUUCAUCCAGGUUCUCUUAAUGCAGGGAUAUGGUUUUGAUGAGCAUUCCCUUCCUUCCAUCUUUUUUGAAAAAAGGGCAGCAGGAGCAUCUGUGGGCUGGUCUUUGGGAUACAUGCUGAGUCUGACCAAUAUGGUACCAGCAGAGAGCCUUAGACUGAUGAAGACUCUGCCCUCAGGGCCCCGGGCUGGCAUCCUCUUCCUCUUCAGCAUCGUCCUCUUCAUUGCACUGGUAUACCUAUGGAUGAUCUACAGAAAGAGAAGAACUAAAGAAGGCGUAGUGUAAGAGCAAGGGUGAUGCACAUCCCAGUCCAAUUCCUAACCCUCUUAGAGUAAAACACAUGCCUGUCCAAAACUUUCAGUCUUGUUUGAAAAUCAAGAAAAAUUUAGAUUUUUUUUUGUUGUGUGUAUGUGUAAGUGAAAUAACAAAAUAUGUUCUACACAAUUUCUUUGCUAACACAUACACUUUCUGCUUGCUUGUGGAAACUCACAUCAAUGUGUAUAAAAUGAAACUAAACAAUA